AUGGCUAAAACCAUGGCCGUCGAGCCAGGCAGCCACUUCCUAGCCGGCAAAUCCAUCUGCGUCAUAGGCGGCGGCAUCGCGGGCCUCGCCUUCGCCGUCGGAUUCCACAAACACUGGCAUCACGCAUGCAAACCACCAAAGGUCACCGUGUACGACCGCGACAGCCCCGACCCCGCGCGCUGGAGACAGGCGGAAAGCUACACCGUCUCCAUAUCCGGGUACAGCGACGCAGGCGGCCUGCUGGCCCUCCAGCAGCUCUGUCUCGUCGACCAAGUCCUGGCCCACGCCGUCACUGGCCUCCAGGGCUCGGGGUGCUUCAAGAUCUGGGGCCCCGGCUGGCGCGAGUAUCUCUCUGUCCGUCGGAGGCCCCUCGGCGGAUUGCCCACCGCGAGCAUCCGCAUCGCGAGAAAGGACCUGCGGACCGUGCUGGCCAGAAGUGUCGAAUCGUGCGAAAACAGCAGCGUCGUUUGGCACAGCUACUGCUCCGGCGUGGAGAAGCUGGCCAGCGGUCGCAUGAGGGUUCAUUUCCAGUGUCGAGGCUCAUCCUCCCAAGUAGACUGCGACCUGGUGAUUGCCGCGGACGGAGCAAGCAGCGAGGUACGAGCCGCGCUCCGGCCGGCCGACCGGCUCGAGUACGUCGGUGCCGUCCUGAGAGGCGGGCUUGCGCGAUUCCCCGACGGGGUCCCCGAGCCAGUCUGCCAGAACUGGGGCUUCAUCACCUCCAGCGGCGUCUCGUGCUUCCUGUCGCCCGUGGACCGCAACACCGUCCUCUGGGCAGUCGGCCACAACCAAGACCAGCCCGCCAGAGAGCUAUCUCGGUCGAGCACACGGCAGGAGCAGCAGGCCGUUAUCGAGGAAGGCGCCCGGCUCGGAUCGCCCUUCCGCGAACCGUUCCCCACCAUGGUCAGGCUGACCGAUGCCCAAACGGCCAUGUGCAUCAACGGGCGGGACAAGGCGCCCUUUUGCCACGACGACGUGGCCGAGGUGCCCGUGGUUUACAUUGGGGACAGCAACCACCCCAUGAGCCCGUUUGCGGGGUUCGGGGCGAACCUGGCCUUGUCGGACGCGCGCGAUCUCGCGCAGCAGCUGUCGGGGGCUCACGGCUCGAUCGAGGAGGCGGUGCGGGCGUAUGACGGUGUGAGCGAGCCGAGAGCGAGGAGGGUGUGGCUGGGGUCGCGGAGGAGUCUGAACAGGGGGCAUGACACGGGGUGGAGGCAUUGGUCGUUUUUGGUCUUGCUUGUUGUUGGAAGCUGGAUGGCUUGGCUGGUUGCGAAGCUGAGGAAGAUGGCACGGCUUGGGUGA